AUGCAUACAAAAUUGUUUGCCUUGCUGCUCCUGGUAUCCAGGACAAUAGCAGGAAAGGGGACAAAGUCUAUGGUCAAAUGUGAUGGACAGAUAUUUCGCCAAACAUACUUCGACAAGUACACGUUGUUCGAAGGUCUUGGGAAACCCUACAACCUGAUGAUGCAUAAGUACACUGGGAAUCUGUUCUUCAGUCAUACAAUCCAAAACGGUACAAAAAUUGACUUCGGGAUCAUGUCAUGCCAUGUUGAGACACGAAAUUGUAUAAAUAUCGAUGGCGUCCCUGGAGGCCAUGCCAUAGCAUACGACCGUGGUAACAAAGCAGUCUAUUUUGGAGGUCACAAUGGCAUUUAUAAUUACAAUGUGCGAAAGAACAAGCUAAAAUUCUUUGGUGCUAAAGGCAGAUCAAUAUGGGGAUUAUUUAUCCGAAGAAAUUUUUAUUACAUAGAAUAUCCAUCCCAGCAGCUCUAUAUAUACAACGCUGGUAAAUUUAAGCAGGUUAAAGAAGCUAUUGGAAUAGAGAUUGAUAACUUUUUUGUUACUAGACGCUUUGAAAUUUAUUAUACAAAUAAAACUGGUGUAUACAAACUGGAAAAACCGUCUAAACCACCAAAAGUUUUAAGUAAAAAAAUUAUUGUUAGUCAAAUUACCCAAGACAUUUAUGGCGAUUUGUAUUUUUGUGCUAAUGACGGUAUAUAUAUAGAAGAUAGACGCUCAGAAAUGAUUAUGAAGGUAGCUGACAUACACCAACCUUAUGGUAUUACAUUUGUAAGGAUUGUUACUAAUCGUGGGGAAACAAAUCAAUUAAUAUAUUCAGAUGCAACUUCUAUUUAUAUAUUACUGCCAAGUGAACAUAAAGAUAUGUGUUAUAAAGCUAUUACUAAAGCCCAAAAGAACAGUAAUACCACGAGAAGUACUACCAAGAAUCCAUAA